AUGAAUGAAUGGUUUGAAUUACGCCAAAGGUUGAAAUGCAAAGAAACAAUUGACAAAGUGGCAUAUGAGCAAUUUAAAAAAGAAAAAGAUUAUUGGAAACAAGUCAUUAUACGGAUUGUUGCGCUUGUGAAAUUUCUUGCAAAAUAUGGCUUAGCGUUUCGUGGGACAAAUGAGAAGUUGUAUCAAAAAGGCAAUGGAUACUUUUUCGGUUUAGUUGAGAAGUUGGAAGAGUUUGACCCGAUUAUGAAAGAACAUGUGCGCCGUGUUUUGAAUGAAGAGUGCCAUGUACACUUUCUUGGCCAAAAUAUUCAAAACGUGAUAGAAUUAUUAGGGGAUAAAGUUAGAACCGAAAUCAUCAAGAAGGUUAAGCAAGCAAAGUAUUACUCCAUCAUCCUCAAUUGCACGCCUGAUACAAGUCACCAAGAGCAAAUGUCCAUAAUUGUGAGGUACGUGAAUUUUAACUCUAGUUCUAUGACCGUUGAGGAAUCAUUUUUAGGUUUUUUGGUUGUUGAUGAUACCACGGGUUUAGGACUUUUUGAAGUUACAUGUAAGGAAUUAGAGUCGCUUGGUCUUGAUAUUGGUGAUAUGCGUGGUCAAGGCUACGAUAAUGGGGUGAAUGUGGUGAGCAAACGGUUGCAAUCAAAAGAUGUUGUUCUUGAUGUUGCUAUUGAUGAAGUGGGCAAAUUAAUUAAAUUCCUUAAAAAUUAUAGAGAAGUGGGGUUCUCUAAGGCGCUCGAUGAAGCUGGAGAAAUUGCAAAUGAAAUAGGUGUUAAUGCGGAAUUCCGGAAAAAACGUUUGAAGACUCUAAAUGAAGCCAAGCUUAAGGAGUGUUGUUAUCGCCUUCAAGAUGCAUUGAAGUAUGAAGGAGAGUCCGAUAUUGAUGCUAAAGAAUUGUAUACGGAGUUGAACUUAACUAAUACAUUUUUACCGAGACACGUUGACAACUCUUUUGAUGUUUUAGACUAUAUCUUCCAACGCAGUACUACUUAUCCUAAUGUUAUAAAUGCAUAUAAAGUGUUGUUGACAAUUCCGGUAACCGUGGCAUCAGCAGAAAGAAGUUUCUCAAAGUUGAAGUUGUUGAAGGCCUAUUUACAUUCUAAAAUGUCACAAGAAAGGCUAAACGGGUUGGCGACAAUUUCUAUUAAAAGUGAAAUAUUAGAUACUAUGGAUUACAAGGAGUUGAUCGAAAGCUUUGCUUCAAAAAACGCUAGAAGAACCACACUUUUCGCUUAG